AUGUCUGUACCUUUAUCUGAUGCUCAGCGUCUUUAUCCAAGCCUGACAACAAUAAAUUUCGAUAUGAUGGCUCGUUUCCGUAGCCAAAAAAGUCCAUCUGGACUAAAAGGGAAGCCAGACAUCUUGAGAAAGCUCGGCCACAUUGAGAGUUUUCAAUCAGCUCAGCAUUCCUUAGAGCUCUAUGUUGGUUGCGCUAUAUCCUGCCGUUAUGUGGUUCCAGAAGCAUUUUUAACUUCGAACUUGUCUAUCGAGAACAUGGUUGAGCAAGCAUUUGCCCGAGCUAUUCUGCAGCAUCCCCUCUUUACGGUUGGUAGAGUCAAUGACGAGUCAAAAAAGCUAUGCUGGGUACGACUGGACCGCAUUGAUCUAAACAUCCAUGUCGAGUGGAAGACAGUUCCUGAAUCCGAAGACUACGACAGGGUCCUCCAAGACACACUGGAAUUGCAGGUGAACACCAAUUACACACACCUCGAAACCCGGCCACAAUGGAGAUCAGUCAUAUUAGGAUCUGCCGAAUCCAAGUUCAUCGAUAUCGUCUUUGUCGUGAAAAAACUUUCCACCUUUGCCAUCGCUGGCUGUAUGAUCCCAUGCAAACUUACUUGCUUGUCUAAACUCUGA